AUUAAUUUUCUUAUCAGUCAGUUCGGUCUCGCUUAACUUACAGCGCAGUCGUGUUCCGAUUUAAUUGAAAUUAUUUUAAUACACCGAACAACCAAAACUAACCUUAUAACCGUGAUCCCUAAAGUUGACUUUUGCUUGGAAGUGUAUCCAUAAGUUGCGAGUGCACAGUGCGUGUGACCCUGCUCUUCACCCCCGCGCGUCGUGUGCGCCACCGGUCGCUAAGUUGUAAACAACUUAAGGAAUUCGGCGUCGUGUGGAAUCACCCGCAAUACCUACCUAAAUUAUGGGUACUCCUCGUACACCACCUAAAAGUGGCUCCCAGCCGGAUCUUCCCACCUAUAUAGACCAAGAAAAUCAUCACAUCACCUUACGGAAGAGAAGACACCCGGAUCUUGAUUAUGACAUCAAACAGGAACUUGCUGCCUUUAGACAGGAUAUGACAACCCUCCUUAAAGAAUUCACAAAUGAUUUUACUAACACGCAAGAUCAAAAGUUGGCCGGCAUGCGUGAGGAUAUAAGGUCUGAAAUUCGGGAGCAGCUAAGCGAAUUUAAAUCAUUGUCAGAGAGCUUGAAGGAGACACAAUCACGCGUUGAAACCAGUUUGUCUGAUUUUAAUACUAGAAUUACUACCGCCGAGAAGAAAGUUGCCUCAGUAACAUCUAUUACAAAAAAUCUCCAUGAAGCCCAGGAAACUAUCAAUCGGCUAGUCAUUGAAAACAAUUCAAGUAAACAAUUUUCAAUGCUUAAUAACCUGGAGAUCUCUGGCAUACCGUACUCCAAAGGUGAAAAUUUAAUGACUAUCCUUCGAGACAUAUGCGCCAAGGUCGGGUAUCAUCUGGGUGAAAGUGACGUCGACGUUAUUCACCGGGUGCGUCGCUUUCAAACGAGCCAGGAUGAAGCGCUAAAGAACAGCAGACCACCGGCAAUAAUUGCUAGAUUUACACAACGAUGCCAGAAAAAUGAAUUACUAGUUGCCGUUCGUGCGCGCCGUGGCCUGACAACGGCUGACAUCGGUUUGCCGGGGCCCGCUGCAGCUGUGUACGUCGGCGACCACCUGACCCCCGUUAACAAAUUACUCUUGAAGCAGGCUAGGCAAUUAAGAUUAGAGCAUAACUAUACUCACCUUUGGGUUCGUGAUUGUAAAAUUUUCAUUCGAAAAACCGACCAAAGUAAAGUUUUACUCAUUAGUAACGAAGCCGAUCUAAAAAAAAUAAAGUGACCAUUGUACUUUCAUUUAAUGUGGUACCUAUAUAAGGUUGUCAUAAUUAUUUCGGUGAACUUAUUUGCAUUAUCUACCUUCUUAACACCAUGUGUACUCACGAAAUGUUAUCACGAUGUCCCCGAUUAUUUGGUCGGUAUUUACGCUUGUUAUCUUAAAAACAUGUUUACCUAUGCACUUCAACGUUUUUUCCGUGUUCUAUUAAGCAAAUACCAUGCAUGCACGUCUUAUAAAUAUAAAUAUAUUACUGAUC